AUGGCCCCCCCACCCCCCGCCAGGGGGUACCUACUGGGUACCCUCAGCAAGACGUCUGAGGGUACCCAGUGCCUCAUCGAGUUCCUUGAGCGCGGACUCAGUAGCGAGAUUGCCAGCCGUCUCUACAACACGGGUGUCCCUCUGCCCAAGGCCUAUGGGGCGUUCAAAGCCUGGUGCAUCAACAUCGAAGCCAAUGCUCUACGUGACCAACUACGCAAGGCAUCCUACGGACAUCCCACGCCACGACCACCUUCCCAGUUCCGCCCACAGGCUGCUCCGACAACACCUGCACCCGCACCGGCCCGACCCGCUGCAAAUGAACCGGUUCCAAUGGAAAUCGAUCGCACCCAUGCCCGCGGCCGCAAUAUCAUCUGCUACAACUGUCAGCAGCCUGGGCACAUGGCGCGGAACUGUCCGGAGCCAAGGAAGAAGCGCACAUUCUUCAAUCGGGCCACAAUGCUGGAAGAGAUCGAGAACGGGGACAAGGACAACGAGUUCCUCAAGGAGAUUGCCGAGAAGCUGCGCGAGAAGGGUUUUUGA